AUGCCAUAUGCGCCCCUCCUUUGUUGCCAGCUGGCGGACCUGCAGCGCAAGUACCGCAUCAUGGAGGGCAACCGCAAGUCGUACUCCGACGACAGCCAGGCCGUCAUCAAGAAGCAGCGGGUGGCCAUCGAGCAGGUCAAAGAUGAGAACGCCGCUCUGCGCCAUGAAAUCGAGUUGCUGAGCCAAGCGGAUGUCGGGGGCAUAAGCAGCGCCGCCACAGUGCAGCAAGAAAUGGCGAAGCUGCAAGAGCAGGUCGAGGCAUACACACGCAAGAUCGAGGCCGAGAGAAAGCGGUUGGAGGAGCUGGAAGAAAAGAUGGGGGCCAUGAGCACCAAAGCGAUGGACACGCGGCGGCAAAUGGGCGGUGUGAAUGCGGGCAAGGAGAGCAGCCUGGCCGUCAACAAGCAGGUCAAGCAGCUCGAGAACCGACUAGAGAAGGCGUUGGUCAAGUUCAACGAGGCCCUCUCCCAAAACAAGGUCCUGCGCGACCAGAUCGACAACCUACGGCGCGAGCGCGUGGUGUUCGAUACGCUAUACAAGAAGAUGGAGAAGGAGCUGCACGAUAAGAAGCGCGAAAUGGCGAACGUGAUCGAGAUCAGCAAUAUAGCGUAUGAGGCGCGCGACCAGGCGCAGAACGAGAUGGCCGCGCUCAAGGCACAGGCGGACAAGGAGCAGGCGGCGUUCGAGGCGGAGAUGCGCGAAAUGCAGAAGCUCAUUGACUCCCAGCACCGUAUGCGCGACUUUCUGAAGAUGAGCCGCGCAGACGCGCAACCGGGCGCACCCACCGACAGAGGCGAUGUGGGCGCGAGCAGGGGGGCCGGCGGCGGUGGGAGGGAACGGAGCGGCAGAUCUGAUUACGUGAAUCUAUUCGGAAAUAACGGGAUUUGCAGGCGCCUGGAAGUCGGUGAAUGGGCGGUCGGGCAGCGGACCGACGCACCAGGCGCAUGGAAGUCGGUGAACGGGCGGUCGGGCAGCGGGCCAACGCACCAGGUGCAGAGUUACGAGGAGGCGUUUGAGAAGAUUCACCAGGCGACGGGGAUCCAGGACAUCGACGAGCUGGUGACCAUGUUCAUCAGCGCGGAGGACAAAAACUUCUCGCUCUUCAACUACGUGAACGAGCUGAAUCAGGAGCUGGAGAAACUCGAGGAGCAACUUGCCGACACCCGUCUGGAGAUCGAGAAGUACAAGGGCCAGGGCGCGAGCCACGACAGCGCGCGCAAGAAGAUUCUGUUGGAGCUGGAGGAGCGGCUGAACAGGACGGAGGAGCGGGAGGCGCAGUAUGAGGUACGCUUCCAGAAGACGAUGAAGGCGAUCGCGCACAUCAAGCAGGUCGUCACCAGCACCUUCAACAAGAUUGGUUGCAACACGGCCGCGGUGCGCGAGAUGCUGGGCGACGGCGGCGUGACGGAGAGCAACCUGAUGCUGUACCUGGGGAUCAUCGAACAGCGCACCAACGAGAUUCUUCAGAUGUACGCAAUUCACAUGGCCCGGCAGCGCGGUAAGGACUUGGACGACGGCCUUUCCGCCGUUCCGCGCGGCGAUCCGCUGCGGCCGAGCGGAAUGCUGCUGGUGGCGGGGCCCCUCGCUCCCCCGGGGUCCGUCCACGUGGGAAUCGAACCCCCCUCGACGGGCGACGAUUACGCCAGCGAUGACGACAGCGAUGAGGAGGUGGACGACCGGCCGAUGACUCGGGAGGAGCUGGAGGACCGGACGAUUACGCGGAUACGGAAGCGGGAAGCGAGCGGACGAUCAAGGAUGGGAAGGCGGAUGCAGAAGCCGAAGUGA